AUGAAAGUAUUGGGAAUUUGUAUUGUAGUUACAUUAGUAUUCAGUGGAAUAAAUUGUGUAAAAAAUAAGAAAGUUAAAUGUUAUCGAUGUACCGAUUGUCCUAAUCCAUUCGAUAAAACUCAAAUAACUGAAUUAGCUAAUUGUAAUUUUUGUCGAACGGUUUACACUUAUCGUGAUGAAGAUAAUUAUAGAAUUGCAAAAGAUUGUGUAGCAAGUUGUGUUCCACAAGAUCGUCGUGGUGGUAAAGCUGGCCUAGUAACUGAAUGUUGUGAUGAAGAUUAUUGUAAUGCAUCACCUAAACAUUAUUCUAUUUCAUUUUUAUUAAUUACCAGUUUUACAAUUUUCAUUAUAUAUGCUAAUAAAUUCAUAUAUUGAAUCAUUACCUCUCUCUCUCGCUCUCGCUCUCGCUCUCUUGCUCGCUCGUUCUCUCACUCAUUUCACUUAUUUUUAAUUCCCAUUUUUUCUUUAAAAAAAAAUGUUUUUUCUCUUGGCUUAAUAGUAUCUAACUCUCGUUUUUUUAACCAAUAGGAAUCUAUAGAUGUCAUUGUUGUUUUUGUGUUCUAUUCUUCUUAAUCUAUAUUAUAUCCCUAAAUAUAAAAUGGAUCAAUAAACAGGAGAUCAUUAUAGUUGCUAUGCAUUAUAUCCAUGUCUAUAUCUAUAUCUAUCUAUCUAUAUAUAUACAUAUAUAUCAGUAUAAUGACAAGUAUUUUGUGUAAUAACCUUUCUGAAUACAAUUGUUGUAAUUAUCAAUUACAAAUUGUAGUUUCUUGUUAUUGAACCUUGUGAUUCUGACAAUACGAUUACUAUUAUUAUUAUUAUGAUGAUGAUGAUGAUGGUGAUUAUUGCUAUUAAACCCUUAAGAUUAUGUUUUGUUCCUUAUCUAAUCAAUCUUAACAGUGUGUUGUGUUUCAUUUCAAAGUAAACUUUAUAACCAACUUAUUGAAUGAUUAUUGUUAUGGUUGUAAGUGAGUAGGUUGUAAUUUUGUCAUGGGUUAUUCUUAAUAAGAAGGAAUAGAUAAAGCAUAUUCUUUAUAUUAUUUUUGUCUUGUUCUCCCGUUCUCGCUUGUUAUAUCUUUGUGUGUAUGUUUGUUUGUUUGUUUUAAUCAAACCUUUAUUAGAUUGAGUUUAUAAUUAAGCUUCAAUUUUGGAUUUUGUAUGGAUUAUUGAUUUUUAUGUUGUAUACUAUUCACAGA